AUGGAGGAUAUGAUUGAUGAUAUUGGAGAAGACAAUUUUAAAAGCGCACAAGUGUAUGAUUCAUUAAAAGAUGAUUCAGAAAAAUCUUUAUAUCCUGGUUGUACAAGAUGCACGCGUUUGUCAGCAAUAUUAAAAUUAUUUAACAUCAAGGCAAGAAAUGGGUGGACUGAUAGAAGUUUCAGUGAAUUGCUUGAAUUAUUGCAUGAAAUGCUCCCAGAGGGGAAUAUGUUAUCGACUCGGCACUAUGAGGCAAAGAAGAUACUAUGUCCAAUGGGUAUGGAGUACCAGAAAAUACAUGUUUGUCCAAAUGAUUGUAUAUUAUAUAGAAAAGAGUUUGAAACAUUGACUAAGUGUUCAAGAUGUGGGGUAUCACGAUUCAAAGUGAAGGAUGAUGAUGUAGAUGAAGAUAACAUGAAGAAGGGUCCUCCUGCAAAAGUAAAGAGUGAAGGAUUGUUACGACACGCAGCUGACUCACCUCAAUGGAAGAAAAUUGAUACUCACUAUCCACAAUUUGGGAGUGAUCCAAGAAAUUUGAGGCUUGGUCUUGCAACAGAUGGGAUGAAUCCUUACGGUCCAAAUCAACUAGGAAAUGAUAUUGGUGUUUACCUAACUCCAUUGAUAGAAGAUUUGGGAUUGUUGUGGGAUGAAGGAGUGAAGGUGUUUGAUGCAUAUGGAAAUGACAAUUUCAAUCUACGAGCUUUGUUAUUUUGCACAAUUAAUGACUUUUCGGCAUAUGGAAACUUGAGCAGUUAUAGUGUGAAGGGACAUUAUGCUUGUCCGAUAUGUGAAGAAAACACAAGUUAUCAUCAACUAAAACAUGGCAGGAAGACAUGUUACAUUGGUCAUCGAAAAUUUCUAAGACGUAAUCACCCAUAUCGUAGGUUGAAAAAGGCUUUCCAUGGAUACCAAGAGGAUAAAAUUUCACCUCCACCCUUAAAUGAAGAAGAAGUUUAUGAGCGAGUGUGUCAAGUCAAUGUCACAUUUGGAAAAAUACUAAAGAAACCUAUCAUGAAAAACAUAUGGAAGAAAAACUCAAUAUUCUUUCAACUUCCAUAUUGGGCCAAAUUAGAUGUCAAGCAUUGUAUUGAUGUAAUGCAUGUGGAAAAGAAUGUUUGUGAUAGUAUAAUUGGGACAUUGCUUAACAUUAAAGGGAAAACAAAGGAUGAUGUAAAUUCUCGUAAAGAUUUAGUUGAGAUGGGUCUUCGCUUGGAGUUACAACCACAAGCUUAUGGUAAAAGGACUUAUUUGCCUCCAGCAUGUCAUACUUUGUCAAAAGUCGAGAAGAAAAGCUUUUGUGCAUGCCUCUAUGAAAUGAAAGUACCAUAA